UGAUAACACGCUCGCUGAGAAAAUGGGCAUCGGCUGUUCAGACAUAUUUCAAUGGCUCGAUUCCCGACAUGCAAAAUCGGCCAUGUAUACAGCAUUAAAAAGCAGAAUGAAGCAAUAUGCCCCAUUAUGUUGCCCAUGUAUCUAAUGUAUCCUGCGGAUAUGUUUCAACAGAUUAUCCUCUCGAUUGUAGACCUUCCAACAUCCCCUGACCGGGCAGUCAUAUUGCUGUGAUUGUUGUGAAGACACAUGCAAGAUAUCG